AUGUCAAACACGACUGAACAAGAGUUUUCCGGAAUAUAAAACCGACUGGCGGUCCGAUUUUGGCAUUUCACAAGGUACCUCUCACAAGAGACGCAUUGCUGUCUAUAAGUGAGUUUUCUUGGUUGAACUUGGAUACCAGUCUAUUUAAUUUUUAAGCAUGAGGGAAUGUAUUUCUAUCCACGUCGGACAGGCCGGAGUACAGUGCGGUAAUGCCUGUUGGGAACUGUACUGUUUGGAGCACGGUAUCCAACCUGAUGGUCAGAUGCCCUCAGACAAGACCAUUGGAGGUGGUGAUGACUCCUUCAACACAUUCUUCAGCGAGACAGGAGCUGGCAAACACGUACCCCGGGCUGUCUUUGUUGAUUUGGAACCAACUGUAGUCGAUGAGGUCAGAACUGGUACAUAUCGUCAACUCUUCCAUCCAGAACAACUUAUCACAGGAAAAGAGGAUGCUGCAAACAAUUACGCCAGAGGUCACUACACUAUCGGAAAGGAAAUUGUUGAUCUGGUUUUGGACAGAAUUCGUAAAUUGGCUGAUCAAUGUACCGGUCUCCAGGGAUUCCUCAUCUUCCACAGCUUUGGUGGUGGUACUGGAUCAGGAUUUACAUCACUUCUCAUGGAACGUCUUAGUGUGGAUUACGGAAAGAAAUCAAAACUGGAAUUCGCCAUCUACCCAGCACCUCAAGUCUCCACUGCCGUCGUAGAACCAUACAACUCCAUAUUGACCACUCAUACAACUCUUGAACACUCCGACUGCGCAUUCAUGGUAGACAAUGAAGCCAUCUACGAUAUUUGCAGACGUAACUUGGACAUUGAAAGACCAACAUACACCAACCUUAACCGUUUGAUUGCACAGAUCGUUAGCUCAAUUACUGCCUCCCUCAGAUUCGAUGGUGCUCUGAACGUCGACUUGACUGAGUUCCAAACCAACCUGGUACCUUACCCACGUAUCCAUUUCCCAUUGGCCACAUAUGCACCAGUCAUCUCUGCUGAGAAAGCCUACCACGAACAACUCUCUGUUGCUGAGAUCACUAACGCAACAUUUGAGCCAGCUAAUCAAUUGGUAAAAUGCGACCCACGUCACGGCAAAUACAUGGCUUGCUGUAUGUUGUACAGAGGAGAUGUUGUCCCUAAAGAUGUCAACGCCGCUAUUGCUACAAUCAAGACAAAAAGAACAAUCCAGUUCGUCGACUGGUGUCCAACUGGUUUCAAAGUCGGAAUCAAUUACCAACCACCAACUGUUGUACCAGGAGGUGACUUGGCUAAAGUACAGAGAGCCGUCUGCAUGUUGAGCAAUACAACUGCCAUUGCUGAGGCAUGGGCCCGUCUGGAUCACAAAUUUGACUUGAUGUACGCCAAGCGUGCUUUCGUCCAUUGGUACGUCGGAGAAGGCAUGGAAGAAGGAGAAUUCUCAGAGGCCCGUGAAGAUUUGGCUGCUCUAGAGAAGGACUACGAAGAAGUCGGUGUAGAUUCAGUUGAAGGUGAAGGCGAGGAAGAAGGAGAAGAAUAUUAAACUAACUGAACAAUAAAAAAAUCAGGACUGUUGUUUCAAAAAAAUAAAUAAAUUUAAGCAACGUGUA